CUGCUCAUACAGUAUUUUUUUUUAAUGGAACUUUGAAUUUUGCCAAUUUAAAGUCAGGUUGAGUACAUGUAAUAUGAUCAAGAGUUAUGGGGCUGUGUUAGACCUCACAGGGGCACAAUGGAAUCACUUUUACCCUGUCAACAUCCGUGUGAAUUUCAUCAAGUUUUCACUAAAUUGGUACAGAAAUGUACCCCAUAGACAAAGUAUUUUUAUAGGGGGGGGGGGGCCAAUGUACUCCCUUUCAGACUUUCAACAGCCUUAAAUGAUCCCCCCUCCCUAAAAAAAUCCCCACCAAACUUCAGAAAUUUGAAAUAAAGGGUACAAAUAAUGCUGCACAUAUUCAGUAUCCAUUUUAUUGUAGAAUUUGCAAAAUUACAUAGGAAAGUAUACUUAAGAAAAACAUUAAACAAAGAAGGAGGAGGGUCCAUGUCCUUGAUUUCAAACUAUUGAUGCCUUUGUCAAAGCAAGUGUGCAAAAAGGAAACCAAUGAUUACAAAAUUACUUUUCCACGGAUUCAAUUAUAUUCAUCAUACUGUUGAGAAUUUGUCUAAAAAGUUUAGGUACCCAAGGGAGAGAUACAGUCUACAUUCUACAAAAUUAUAUGAAAAUUGAUUUAAGUUACGCAUGGGUUUUUUGCAUGAAUAUGAAGUGCCAAAUUGCAUGUAUAAAGCUCAUUACCUUUUGUCUCGGGGGACUGUAUUCCAAUAAAUGCCAAUUGGGCUGGGCAAAAUAUACCCUUUGCAUUGAAAACUACUGUUAAUCUAAUGAAAAAAUUGUAUCUUCAUUGUGAUGAAAAGUAAUGGGUAGUCCCAUUUUCCUUGUCAUACUCCAAUCAAUUGUUAAGUCAUUCAUAAACACUUCUUGUUAUUGUAAGUCAAAUGAUCACCGAAGUGAAAACAAGUUUUUGAACAAAUUAUGUAAACCUUCUCAGUCGUACACUUAAAGAUUUCUUCACUCCCAUAUUCAGAUUCACCUUAAGUUUGACAUUCUUUAGAUGAACCACUGAAGUCCACAUUGGCUAAAUUAUCAUUUUGUUUUCCUUUAAUCAUCUUCCACAAUUUUCAUUCAUUUCAGUAAAAAAAAAAAGGGGGGGGGUUAUACUUCCAAGAUGCAUCGAGAACCUUAUUGUACAUCACCCAGCUGUGAAAAACAACACUUUGUUAUAUGUCUGAGUAUGGUAUCCACCUUGUAAUGGUGGUAUAAAGCGGACUCUAUAUGCUCGUACAUUAACUUGCAUAAUGGACUCCAAGCAAGUAAUUAUCUUUUGAUCCCAGAGUACCCUUAACAUUGUAUUUUGUCAUGAUUUCCCCACCCUAGAUAAUACCUUAUAUAAUUUAUUUUCAUCAUAGGAUGAAAAGCAUACACUUUUCCCCUGUUUUUUGCAAUUUUGAUAUCCUGUUCAUGAACACGUACAUCACCUGGCCAUGAAAAAGAACCCCUUUUAUGUGCUUUUAGUGUAAAGGGCAUGCAUAUGUCCACCUUACUUCGGCAAUCUAAUUGAAAUAGUUUAAAAUCUACCUCUCAAUUUCAUCAUCAAAAGGGACCAAUUUGACCUCAAAUCUAUUUACGUCCAACUGCGGCUAUUCAACAUUUCUGUAAUGGGCAUACCGUGGAUUCCUGAAACAUAAGGCUUAGUGAUUGAUGGAACAGUUGACUUGUAUGAUUGCAUAUAAUCAUCAAUGUAAUCAAUUGUAAAAUCAGCUCUAUGUAGUAGCUCUAAGCUUUGUGCUACUGGGCCCAAUGUGUCUUUAUCUUAGGAACAUUUCAUGAAAUUUAUGCUGACUAUUUAUUAUAAGCUACUGAAAUCCUUUCAUCUGAUUGGCUGAAAGCAAAAGUGUCGGUGGAAAUCACUUUGUUUCAUGAAAUGCCCAUCUGACAGAGAGAAAACUACAAUGUAAGUAUUGAAUUCCAAUUAUCAAGGUUUAGGUGAAAGAAAAAGGUCAAAGAAGAUAUCAUUUUGUAGUUUGAAAUAAUGCUGUAGAUGAUAGAUUCUCUCCUCUUCACAUGUUUUAAGAGGACAUGAUAACAUCAUUACAAUGAACAAUUUCCAUCUUUCAAUGCUCAGGUUUACAUCUCGCAGACUGAGGAAAUUAUGCCGAUCUGGGCCCCUCCAACUCCUCCACAAGAUGAUAACGAUGUUUACAUUGACCAUGUGAUGUGCCUUGGGUACGAGCCGUCCAUCAUGACGGAAUCUCAACUUCCUCCCAUCUUCCAUAAGAAGGAAACCAAAAAGAUUAAAGUGGAGCCAGGUGCAGUUGUACCCACUCGCAAGAUCAAAAGCCAUGGUCACCAUCACCACCACCAUCACCACCAGAAAUCCGAGACCGUUCAACAGCCUCCAAUGCUGCCAACGCCUCCUCAAUCUCUCUUCAACCGACCGUCAGCAGCACUUCUUAGGAUGCGACGUGAGGCCAAACAGCAGAAGAUGCGUGCCCUGGCCGGUAAGCCGGUGGUCAAGCCUAUGCCUGUUGUCCAUCGACCUGCUACCUCCGAGACGACAUCGAUUGACAAGCUCGAGUGGCUCAUCAAUGAAGAUUGGGCUUUGCUUCAGGCGGUACAGACCCUACUGGAGCUACCCUUGACCCUGCAGCCAUUGGUCCCCGGUCAUAUCAUCAACUGGGACCUGGUGAGUGAUAUCGUCAACGCCUGUAGCCGUACCUUCAGGUCUGCCAAGCAGUGUUGUAAUCGUUACGAGAGUGUCAUCAUCCCAAGGGAGGAGGGCAAGAUCCUCUAUGACACUAACCCUAAGAAACAGAAGAAGUCCAAGGGCAUCUACCGGGUCAGCACGAAGAACAAUCGUCCUAUGAAGACCAGUCAGCUACACGCACAGGAUGGUAACUCAUCCCAUACUAUGCUCUUCUCAGCCAAGUUUGAUGGCAUCAAAAUGGCUAUCAAUAAACGACAACCAUUCCUCAAACAAGUACUGAACAAUCCAUUGUUGAAGAACCCUAAACACAGUGCAAUACUCGCUGAGUCUGGGAUCAACUAUGAUAAACCUAUGCUGCCAAGUGAAGUUGCUCAGAAGAGAGCAGAAAGAAUUGCCAGAGAAAAGAAGCUUGCAACUCUACAGGCUCAGCAAAAACUUGCAAGAGAGAAAAAGCUGCAACAAGAACAGCAGCAGCAACAGCGUCUUUUGGCCGCAACCAAGCAGCAGCAGAGCCAGCAACAAGGCACAGCAACACAGGUGACAGCUCAGCCAGUGGGUACUGCUGCCGGUGCUACAGUCUUGCAAUCUGGGACCAUUAGCCGCACAGCUCUUGGAACCGCAGUAACACAACCAAUAAGGGUAUCUGGUACCUUAGCUGCUCAGGUUGUACGCUCCCAGGCUGUACGUACCACAGUACCUCAGCUCACCUUACCAAAUGUAACCAGUCAGAUUAGGACACUUGGAACAUCAUCUCCUCAGAUUGUCGUCUCUUCUGUCUCUUCCGCCAUGACGACGGGUCAACAGACAAGGGUCACUCCAACAGUUUCUUUGCAAGGAGGUACACAGCUUAACAUGAAGAACCUUGGUCAAUUCAGCCAGCUUGCUCUCAUGAAGAUCAAACAACAACAGCUACAACAGCUGCAGCAACAGGCCCAACAGGCUCAGAGUAGUAGCAGCGGACAGGCAACAUCAGGAACUGUCACCCAGACCACACAGCAACAAGCUGCCACUGCUCAAUUGAAGGCUGAACUGAGGAAGAUUCAGCAAGCUCAGGCCCAAGCCCAGGCAGUGCAAGCCCAGGCUCAGGCCCAAGCCCAAGCUUCAGGAGGACAAUUAACCACCAUCCAGAAGGCUUCUGUGUCUACGACCCAAGCCAUUACAGGGGUAACUCACGUCCAGUUGACACCUGCCCAGAGACAACAGCUUGCUCAGCGCAAGGGUCCCACCCUGAAUACCUCUCAGGCAGAGAUAGCAGCCCUACUGAAGCACCACCAAGCCCAGCAGCUACAAGCCCAGAAGAUCAAGGGCAUCUCAACCAUCCCUGUCACCUCAGUCACCCAGCUCAAAGGCAUCACUGUCAGCGGAGUAACGGUCAGUGGCGUCACCACCCUAGGACAAGCUGGAGCCAAGGGUCAGGUAGUGUCUGUAGCUGGAGGUAUGAAGGCUCUGGCUAUACCUACAGCAGGGGGCUCGGGGACUACUACGACUCAGCUCUCAAAGGUCAACCUUCAGCAGAUUCUGCAGAUGAAGCAACAGAAGCUGAUUCUUGCUCAGGUCCAAGGUCAGCCUCAGGUCGUAACUUCUGGUCAACAGGUAAGGGUAUCAUCAGGUCAAGGUCAAACUACUGUCCAGCGCGGUGGCACUCAGACUGCUCAACCAACCUUGGUUCAACAAGUAGCUAGUCUACAACAGGUUGGAACAAUAGGUGGGCAGCAGGUUCGUGUGCAGCAGGUGACCGCACCUAGAGGUCAGCAGCCUGGCACCGUUCAGGUCCAGAGGAUACCUACCAGUCAGCUCCAGGGUCAACCUAUGCCAACAGUCAGACAACAACUUCAGCAACAGGUCAAGAGAGUGCCUCAGACACUGUCGAUACAACAGCAAGGAAAACCUGUGACCAUCAUACCACCAGGUGCAGUUCUAACAUCAUCAGGAGGGAAGGUUACUGUCUCGCAGGCCUCUGUUUCUCAAGCCCAGAAACAACCUCAGCAGCUGGUCACUCAACUGGUCACCUCUACCUCUGUUGUCACUCCUAGAACACAGGUUCAGCAACAGAGCACACCGAACAGGACCCCUCAGCUGGCACGACUGGUCCAGGCACAGCAGCUGGCCCAAGCUCAGGCCCAAGUCCAAGCCCAGACCCAGGCUCAGGGCCAAUCAUCUCCUGCACAUACAGUGGUUUCUCAGACGGUGGUUGUCCAAGAGGAGAGUUCAUCAGCGGGUCAGAGUAAAGGAACUGUUCAACAGACCACACCAGCCACACAGCAGGUGAGCCCUUGAAGGUUCAUGUGGUUACAAGUGCUGCUACAAAACCACCUGUCUCUAUCUCCAUCACCCAACCCACAUCUAAGCCAUCUUCUCAACAGCAGCAACAGACAACAGUCACUGCAACUCUUCAGGCUCAGACACAGCAACAACAACAACAACAGCAGGAGGAAGCACAGGAUUCCCAGACACCGCAAGGUAGAGUGGAGGUCCUGCAGCAAGGAGCGUCGUCGGUAUCACGUCAGUCUCCAUAUGCCAUGAGGUUACGAAAGCCAUCACAGUCUAGCAAGGACUAGCAACAAUAAUGUCUGUCCAGAUAAGUCACAGUAGCAGCAGAAGCAGAAACAUCAAUAUAAAUUGACAGAUGCAACAGCAUAGAGUGGAGGUCCUGGAGCAAGGAACGCUAUCGACAUCACAUCAGACUCUGUAUGCUUUCAGUUAAGAAAGCCGCCAUAGUUUAUCAAGGACUAGGAACCCUAAUGUCCUUCGGGCAUUUUCCACAUAUACUACACAAGUCAUGACAAGCUUUCCAAGGGGUUUCCUAUGCAAUAGGUGAAGCUAGAGAUGCACAAGGCACAUUUUGUCCUACUGGUUUUCAGACAGUCAUAAUGUGGCAUGCAUUUGAUAAUGUGGUUGUUUUUUUGUGAACAAGCUACUGCAUGCCCAAGAAUCUGUUCAGUUUGAACCAGGAUGGAUAAUUCUUUUCAAGAACAUUGUGAAACAGUGGUUGUUUUCUCAUAAUUAUGUGUGCAUCUUGCAUCCUUAAAGACCCUUCUUCCUGUUUCCAGAUUCUUUAAGAAAACACAUGUAUUACAAAAUAGCUCGGAAGCUGAUACAUGUGGUUGUGGAGUCUUCUAUCACUGUACCUUUGCAGAAAAGUACAUGAUGUAAGCAGUAUAUGCUUUUACUAGCCAACAGGACAAAGUGAAAGAAUUAAAACAUCAAAAGUCACUAACCUCCUACAAUACUAAACACUAGUUAGACUUUACUUUCUGAUUGUAGUUCUUAUUUACCAUGCCAUUGUCGAUAAAUCAAGGCAGCAACUUUUACUUAUCCCAGGUGAGGUAAGGCAAUACCUUGAGACAGUGAAUGGAGUUAGUUAAUCGACAUCAAUCUAUAUUUGCCAAACUCAACCCAGGUGAGGUACAUGUGUACUUGCUUAUGAAUAGUGACAGGGAGUCGUUAGUAGAAAGGGUUAAUAAUUAUCAUUAAUCUACUUCAUUCUAUAUUUGCCACAUGUGAUCUGGGAACAUGGUACUAACAACAGCAAUUCAUUGCUUUUAUAAUUUGAUGUUGUCAGUCUUUAAUCUACAUUAAUCUAUUUUUAACACACUUCAUCUAGAUAUCAUUAGUAAUAAUUAUUUGAAAUAGGUAAUGAAGGCUACGCUAGCCUUCAUUUGCCACAACCCUCCCAGGUGAGGUAAAUGGGUACUCUGUAUGACUUUUAAAAAAAAGUGAAGUCUUGUCUUUUGCAUCAUUUAACUUUGCCUUUGUUGGGUAAGAAUAAACUUAGUAGGAAUGAUUUUCUUGAAAUGUCUCAUCUUGGCAAUUGCAUCUGGGAUAAUAAUCAUGGCAUGCCCACAAUCUCAUCUGUAAUGACACAAAGACUGUUCAAGAACCCAAAUUGUCUUUUCUUAUCCAUAUUUAUUUAUGAAAUAUUUAUUUAUAGAAUAACAUUAUUUUGUGACUUCAGUUUCAUCAUGAAAAAGUGGAGUCAGUCAUUCACAUUAGGGAAAUACAGCUCCCACAUUUUUGCUGGGUACUUUUAACUAAUGCAGCCAAAUUCCAUUUUAUUUGUAUUCUGAAAAUAUUGGUAUGAUGGUGUAUAAAUUGCUAUUCUGUUAUAAUAAAAUCUUUGAUUUUAUGGUGAAAGUUGCACAGUUAUGAAGAUCAUUUUGAAUGGCUUUGAUUGGGAAUUAUAUUACCCUAUGUUUGAUGAAAUUUAAAAAGAAAUUGUAGCUCUUUAGAUAUUCUGAUGAGUGAUAUUACUCAUGCUGUAACUGUUUCAGAAUAAUAUAUUUCUUUUUGUUGUGCUUUGAGUGUGUAUUGUGUGUAUACGGGUUUGAAAGACUUCUUUAUAAGUCAACUAUCGCACUUCAUUCUCCUGUUAGGAUGAUGUUCACAUUUUACAGUUUGUGAAUAUUCAGCUUCAGCUUGUUUGGGAAUACAUUCAAAUUUCAUUUUAUGUUGUGAUAAUCGCACUUGUUUUCUCCAAGGAUGUUUGUAACUGGGGUUAAUUGCAUUGGAGUAAUAAAUUAAAUAUGGCAAAUAUUGAUUGCCAUACUUGUAAUUCCAUCUGUGAAAUAGACAGUGUGUGUGAAUUUUUUUUUAAUAUCAUGCAAAAUAAACCGUCACACCUUGAUUUCUCUUGGAUGUUCAAAUUUC